UUCCUCGACUCGUCAUUCCUGUUCGCAACGUAGCAGCAGCAACACAGCAUCAACACUCCUUUUCGACCUCGUCGAUCGCGCGUGCUCACGCUUGCGCGUGUUCCAACACAACGUUCUAGCACGCGUUUCGCAGUUACGUAGCGGGCCGCGAGCGCGUCGCGGUGACAGUCGAGCGCGCCCGAACUGACGCGAACGUCAAACGUCACUUGGUUCGGCUCCGCCAGUGCCGCGAGGCGACGCGCGCGAGUGGGACGUGUGUAUCACUCUCUCGCGCGUCCGCAUUUAUAAUUCGCGCCAGCAGGAGCAUCGUCUCUCCGUGAGAAAUCUAUUGAGCGCGCCCAGAUAUGCGUUCGCUCGCAUCGGGUCGUCGACGAGCGGAAGAGGACGCAGAAGCAGGACCGGCGAAGAAGCAGCCGCGCGAGAUUCUUCCUCCUCGCGUGUGUUGGUGAGAGGCGGGAAGGAGCGGUGCCACUACAUGUACGGGAGGUGAUGCCAGUGGUGGUGGUGGUGGUGUGAUAGUAUUAGUGUGGAAUUUUCGAGGAGAAACCUUGAGGAAACCUUCGCCUUCGUCUCUCACCUGGAUUCUGACAGGAUGGCGACAGAAUUGGCGAACAAGAAGGCAGAGCGAGAGGCUCUCAGGGGGGUCAUACAACAAUGGAAUGCUAAUCGUUUGGACCUGUUCGAGCUUUCGGAGCCUAAUGAGGAUUUGGAGUUUCAUGGCGUAAUGAGAUUCUACUUCCAAGAUAGCGGUCAGAAGGUCGCUACCAAAUGCAUCAGGGUUGCCUCGGACGCAACCAGUCAGGCGGUGAUAGAAACGCUCAUAGAAAAGUUUCGUCCCGACAUGAGAAUGUUAUCCGUCCCGGAAUAUGCUCUUUACGAGAUUCACGAGAAUGGAGAAGAACGUAAGCUUGGGUUGGAAGAGAAGCCGUUGCUGGUUCAACUAAAUUGGCACAUAGAUGAUCGCGAGGGACGCUUCUUGUUGAAGAGAAUUGACGACAAGACCAAUGCCCAGGGCGUCGGUUUUUCUUCAGCCGAGGGUUCUAGCUUUCGAAGAAAGUUGAGCAAGCGGGAGAAAAAGCAGAUCAAGAAGCAGGAGAAGCUCAGUCGACUAAAGAGCUUGGAGCAAGACGAGAACGCCGCGCCUGGCGAUCAGAACGGCGUCGCCGAAAAGCUCUAUACGGAACUACCCGAGACCAGUUUCACCAGGAGCAUUUCGAAUCCGGAAGCGGUGAUGAGACGUCGUCGCCAGCAGAAGCUUGAGAGGAAGCUGCAGCAAUUUCGCAGCAAAGACGGCGGACCCGACACUGGUGGUACAUUGAAAAUUUAUGGCGAGGCGUUGUGUAAGGACGUGCCAUACAAAACGUUGCUGUUGAGCGUGCGAGACUCCGCCGCUCAAGUUGUGCGGGAAAUGUUGGCUAAAUACGGUCUAGAAAAAGUGGAUCCGCAGUUGUAUUGCCUUGUGCAGGUUAAUAGUGAAAAUGUGAAUGGCAAUGCGCAUCAGGAGUAUAUAUUGGACGACGACGAAUGCCCUCUGGCGAUUUUAAUGAACCAUCCUUCUACACGAGGUUCCAUUAUGUUUCAUGUAAGGAGGAGGCCCGCGGAUUAUAUGCCGCGGAAACGUAAAAAGAAACCUGCCGGAAAAUGGAACGAGUUGGAUCACAGGUACGAGGACGAGAGGUUACCGUUCCUAUUGGAGCUCAAUCCUGACGGCAGUGAUAUCCCAAAUGGCGUAGGAGUGCGUCACCGAUUGCAGCCGAAUGUCACAGAGGUAGGCUCGGAGAGGCCAAUUGGGCCCCAAGCGGUACAGGCGCAAACCUUGACGCUCCCAGGACCUACGGUGAUGCCCAGGCAUUGCGUGAUAGCCUUCACCGAGAACAUUGUCACUCUCACGCCGUGCUCCAGAGAUGCACACACAUACGUCAAUAAUCAAAGGAUACACCAGACCACUAUACUACAAAAUGGAGCUAUUAUAAAAUUCGGCAGGAUGCACACUUUUCGCUUCAUCGACCCAGCGCCGGAGGAGCGCAUCAGACAGAGACAUGACUCCAACAAACAAAUUGACUAUGCUUAUGAUCGACGCUCGCCGGACGCAGUCAGUAGUCAGGACGUCAGCUCGGAGAAGUUCCACCCGGGAACCGGAACGCUGAACGGGGGUGGCGCCCAGAGCCAGGUCCAGGAGCGCGCGGCCCCGUCGAGUCCGUCCAAGUCCGCCGUCGCAGCUCGUAGUCCACGUAGUCCCACGCACCCGCCGGAACCCACGCACAAUUACGAGACCACGUUCGAUUUAGACGGGAACGUGGAGACCGCGAGUCUCAGCAGCAGCAGAGACGGCAAUAGGCUUUCGCAGUACGAUCGACAGCCGCGAGGCACGGAUCCGAUUCUGCCGGCUGUUCUCGAGUUCCUCGAAGAGACGGAGGACACCUUCUUUUACACUGUCAUUACCGACGUGGAGCCUUCGGCGCCUCAGUUCAAGUUGGCGCCUACUUAUACCCUCUACCUGGCCGCGAGAUAUCGCGCCAGCACGCACUAUAGACCCGAACUUCAACCUACGGAGAGAGCUCACCGACUCACCGUCAUGCUCGCAAACGUCGCUACUAUGAUUCAACGCGUUAUCCAGGACCGUUGCAUGAAUACCUCGUCCUUGGCCUUUUGGUUGGCGAACGGCUCGGAACUGUUGCACAUGCUGAAGAGCGACCGGCACGUGGGUGCGUUCUCCACGCGGGCCCAGGACAUCCUGGCGGACGCGGUGCACACGGCUUUUGGCUCGCUGGUCCGUUGCGUCACUCAGGAGCUGAAGCCGGCGAUGACGCAAUUCAUGGCGGACGCGGACGAGCCGGCGAAGGAAGCCGGGGUGCUGCAGAUUUUUUCGAACACGAUGGCGCUGCUGCGACGGUGCCGGGUGAACGCCGCGUUGACGAUACAGCUGUUCAGUCAUCUGUUUCACGCGAUCAAUGCCACGGCCUUCAACACCCUCGUCUCAAACGGGAAUUUGUGCGUCAGGUGGUUCGGACGCAGGCUCAAGGCGAGGCUGAAUGCCUUGGAGACUUGGGCCGAGAGGCAGGGACUGGAACUGGCCAGUCAGUGUCAUCUGGCGACGAUUAUGCAGGCGACUCAUCUCCUGCAGGCUCCCAAGUACAAUGCAGAAGAGCUAGCCACGCUGAGCUCAACUUGCUUUAAACUGAAUUCUCUGCAGGUCAGAGCGUUGUUGCAGAAGUAUCAGCCGGCCGCCGACGAGCCCAGGUUACCUGCCGAAUUGAUCGAGAAUGUUGUGAGGGUGGCGGAGAGUGUCGCAGAUACACUCGCGCGUGCAGACGGCCGUGAAAUAAGACUGGAGGAAGAACCUAUCCUAGGAUUGGCAUUGCUGCUUCCCGAGGAUGGUUAUAGUGGCGAGGUAAUUAGAGGUGUUCCACCAGGACUAGCCGAGUUUCUGGCGCCGCUGCAACGAGAUGGUCUAUGCCGCAUGGCGGCCCAACCCACCAGCAGCGGCUACUGGACCAUUUACAUGAUAGAUCAUCAUAACAAUAUGCGUAGCCCCAGCGCGAUGAGCAAUAGAUCCGGCGGCUACACCAGCCACGUCAACCAAAGUCAAGCUCAACCAGAAAUAACUGUCAUUAAAUUGCACAAAAGUACUAACGGCAUGGGUCUGAGUAUUGUUGCGGCAAAAGGGGCAGGACAGGAACGAUUGGGUAUCUACAUCAAAAGCGUUGUUGCUGGAGGCGCUGCUGAUGCUGACGGUAGAUUGACGGCAGGCGAUCAAUUGCUCAAGGUGGACGGACAAUGUCUGGUCGGGAUUACGCAAGAAAAGGCUGCCGAGUAUCUUGUGCGUACCGGUCCGAUCGUAACUUUGGAGGUCGCAAAGCAGGGUGCUAUAUAUCACGGACUCGCGACAUUGUUGUCUCAACCUUCUCCCGUGAUGACGCGAGCGCAUAAGACUCGGCCGAGGUCCGAGCUCUUAGAGCCGGCGCUAGAGGCGACGGGGACGGCGGUCGGCGGUCAGCCAGCCACGUCACACUCGAUGGGCGACCUGUUGUCCUUCCCGCAGCAGGCGGCGCGUUGUCAGGAUUUCGUUCAACCAGGUGCGAGCCUGUCUCGGCGCCUCGCCGAGGCCUCAGUUUACCGUAAUCAAGCGUUUCCACGGGUUUUCGAUGAUUUCGACGAGCAUCCGUGCUCCAUUCCCCCCCGUCAGAGAGAGUUUGCGUACCCGGUAGACGAGAGGAAGCGCGUCCUCCCGCGUCCCUCCACUCCCAUCGUUUCCCCGGCGCGGUUUCCCAGGUCGCGGAUGCUCUGUCCCCUGAUCUCCGUCACCAGCGACAACGAGAUCUCGUCCGUCAUUUAUCAGGACGAGAGCGACGCGAGCGACGAUAGGGUGGUAGGGGAGGAGGAGGAUGAUGUGAACCUGGACCAGGUCCCGACGAGUAGGUUGGACCAUCCGGACACCUUGAACCCGUUCGAUACCAUCACGGCUCCGCCGAAGGAGUACGCAGAGGCUGCGGAUGAUUUCAAACAUUCCUUGACCUUCGACGGCUUCGACGCUAUACCCUACAUCGAUCAGACCGAUGACGGCAACCUGGCAGAGUGUAGAAUCCAGAUAGGGUCUGGCGAGAGCUGUAGCAAGGCUGAUCGCGACUCUAGAGAGUUCCAGAAGCAGACCUUAAACGUGCCACUGUCCAAUUUUGGAGCAGCUGCGUGUAGGAAUCCCAACUUUUUAUCGGUUGACAACCCGAGACGUGUAUUAAAGGAAGAUAGGAUGUUGGAUGAUGCUUUUAACUCGGAAGAGUCCAGUUCCACGAUUAACGACGACUGCGCGUCAAGCAGAGUCGAGAAGGAAGGCAUCUCGACCCCAAAGAUGUACACCAUAAUGCCGGAGCUGCAUUUGGACCUGAGCGGGCUGAAUAGCGACGUGUCCAGCGACGAGUCCAAGCCGGAGAAAUGUUGGAAGUCGCCGGAGGAAGUGCGUUUAGGGUGCGGCAGGGUCGCGGCUUUAGCGAAGCACUUCUCGAAACUCGGCGACGCCGGUCUGAUCAAGUUCAAGUCCACCAAACUGACCGACUCCCGUCAAUUCGUGUCGGAGCCGAACAUCGCGUUGUCGGAGAGGGAUGAUGAGCGACACCUGCACCAGUCGUCUUGCUACGCACAAAAAGAAUGCAAAUCAGAUUCGAAUCUGACUGGAAACUGGACGAGCAAGAACUCUCGAGUCUGCCCAGCCGGAAGACACGUCAUCUUCAUCGACGUUGAUGAUGAUAGAAAUGACUUUGCGAUGGGGGAAUCUCAUCAUCGCGGUGCCAAACGAGUUACCAUUGCUAGGAUUCCUUAUUUAAUGGAUAGCAAUAAAGAUCCAACUGCGAUUAGUACUGAAGAAAGAAGUUCAGCUUUGAUGGAGGACAUGUCUAAUAAAGAGUUCGCCGAGAGGGAUCCAACACUUGCGGGGAAUGAAGAUAAUGAUAAAGCUCAGAUUUCCACUGACGCUGAAAGCUCCAAGCUUUCCUUGGAGCAGCAGCGAGCGAUCGCGGAGCAACUCGAGCAGUUUUCGAAUCUGAAUAACACCGAUGCGCCCUUGUUCAUACCGGAACGAAGCGCGAAACGAAUUUCUUCCUCUCUCGGUGAUUUAAAUAAUUCGGCGAAAUGUCGAGAAAAAUUGAUCGAUAACGAUAGCUUCAGAAGAAUGAAGCGAGAAACUUCCGACUCCUCGUCUUCUUCAUCUUCCAUUGUACUGUCACUCUCGAAUGCUGCCAAAAGCUCGUCAUUCCCGGAAGAAAUCGACUCCCAAGCUCGUCAAUAUUGCGGGAAACGUCUCAAAUCUUGCCUGUUCAUCGACAUUCGUCACUCUUCCGCUAAGCUUCGCUCCGACUCCUCGGAAAAUCCGUCGAAAACGCUUCCCCCAGGUCGCAAGCAUAACAAACUGAACGUUCUGCGGAUGCGAAUCGCCAGAUCGCUCUGCAGCAGCGAGAGUAAUCUGAUCGGGGCUGUAAUUUGCGAGAAGGAAGAAACCAAAAAUCUUCCCGGCGAGUCCGUCAAAUUGACCCGCAGCUGCGAGAGCAUCUCAAGCAGCAAGUUCCUAUCAGAUUCCGUCGAAGGUCUUGAUAAAGACGUCGAUUCGUCUCGUACAGUUCGCAAGAAGACACCGAGAUGGUACCGUCCGCGUUCCCUCGAGGAGCUGAAGUCGAAGAAGGGAUCGAGGAAGCGGGACGACUCGACGAAUCCUGCUUUAACUCGAACCACUAAGACUAAAGAUCGAGCAAAAUUUGGGAAAUUCUUCGGUGAUAAAUCGGAUUGCGAGAAUAGCGCGGAGAAGAUGCGACCGAAGCGCCAUCUGUCGUUAGAAGAACUAAAAUCGGUCCACCGAUCCACCUCGCGUCCACGUCGCAUGAGCGAGCGGGAUCUACCUUCGCAGCUUGGACGCGAAGCUACUCCUCAGCAAAUCCACAGCAGCAAAUCCGUACCGGCGUUGCAUAAUAUGGGUAAUGAGGCCAAGCAGCAACACGAGGUCUUUAACCCAGGAUACAGCAGAGCCUCUUCCAGCAACAGCGUUACACCCCCAGUUCAACCACCCUCCAUGGCGACGAUCAGCGCAACUUCUUUACGUUCCAGGUCAAGUCAUAACUUGCACGAUCCCAUGAGAAUCGGAACUUUACCGCCUAGUGGAUUGGUUAGCAGACAGCAAUCGUCGCCCAAUUUAAAUCCAAAUACGACGCACACGACUGCACCGUCGAAUAUGCAAAAUGCAGAAGCAGAAAGAUUUUACCAAAAUCUGAGCAUUUAUCGGAAUCAAGACUCGAUGGUGAAGCAGCAAAUUAGCCCACAACAGUUGGAAGACAGAAACCCUCAGCACAUUCAAAAGAGUUCCCUGAGAGGUUCGCAGAACUCUCUGAACCGACCAACCGCAUUGGAAGUAAGCGGCGCCCACAUCCGGGACCGUCCGACGUCCGCGUACAAUAUCACCCAGCCGGUUCAAGGUCAGCAGAGCUACUCGAUGAUUGGCAGUCAGCAGCUGCAGCAGAGCGGCGGACCGCCACCGCCGCGUUCCCAAUCCUCGCGCGACAUAAUCCGCCAGGAGGCGAAAAUGCAGGAGAUGCAGGAGGAGGUUCGCCGACGCGAGCUGCGAGGCGGCGCUCCGAUGCUCGGUCAGCACAGACUGCCAAUGUACAACAUGGUGGGCUCGCGAGUGGCUGCGCCUCCGAUCCAGCAAGUCCCGAACACCCUGAUGUCCAACGUCCGCUCGCCGAGGACGCCGCUCGGCUCCACGUCGAGUCUGGGUACUCCCGGCUACGUCGCGGCUACGAGGCAGAACGCGUCCGGCUACAACUAUCCGGAUACUCCGUACCCUCAGUACAACAGUCCACAGUACGGUCAGUACUCGAAUCAGUAUCCCAAUCGGUAUCCGAACGCCGCUGGAGGUCAACAAUACGGCCAAAUGAUGCCUAAGCCGAAGCAAGAGGUGGGGAUGGUUCGCGCUCACCACUCGAUGCCCAGUGAAAAUCUGCUGGGCACCCGGGACCCGAGUGGCCAGGACGCAAGGCCGUUGUACGCCGAUCAGAACCGACAUUUUGUCAGCUCCCAGAAUAGUUCCAUCUAUCCGAACGGAGAUCAGUACGCAAAUGAAUCGGGCGUCCUGAAUCGAGCGCAGAAUGGGGAAGGUUCGAUAACGACGUCGGAGACUCUGCCGUCAAGACCGGUUCUGCCGUCCGACGGCGCGUUUAACGAGAGCCCGCCACCGCCGCCGCCGAGCACCUCGACGCAUCCUCUGUACAAGCAGGCCGACACGAGGUACACCGCCAGCAUGCAAGAUCCACCACGGGGUAGUUAUUAUCCUGCGGGAGGAAUCAACGCCAUGCAGCAACCGCGUCAGUAUCAGUACAGCGCGACCAACCCUUGGCAACGAGAAGAGAGGGAGAAGGAACAGGCCCGCAGAAGAGAAGCCGCCCGUCAGUGGCGGGAUCAGCAGAUCGCCGAGCUGAGCGGGUUGACGCAUCGAACGCAACAGCAGGAGGAGCAGCUACGAGCGCUCCAACUGGAGAGGGACUUUCAGAAGCGAGCGGAGGAGGCUGCGAAUCAAGACGACGACGAAGAAAGUAACGAUCUGGACAACGAGAGCGCGCAGCGCGUUCAAGGUCUGCUGAGAAUGGCAGCCAGUCAGGACAGGACUGUCCAAGGGACUCAACAGCUGCCGAUCUUGUCGAGAACGAACACGGGCAAUCAGUCUCUAAGAAGUGGUGGUCUACCUCUCCAGCCUAUCGGCAGUCAAGCUCAUCUCCUGUCCCAUCAAGCUGCGCCUCAAAACCUCGGAAUAAAUAAUAAUCUCGGUCAAGAGAGCAGCGGCUUGCACCUGCAAUCGAGUCAGCAGCAACAGCAAACGACAACGAGUCAGGACGUAUCACCUGGUUACGGCUCGUCUCUUUCCAGCCACUUUGGCUCCGGUCAGAAGCCGUAUCCUAUGUCGCAUUCCAUGGACGAGGUGAAGCGGAAACAGGCUGAGAUCGAGGAGAGCCAGAAGAAGCAAGAGGAACUGCACCCGCCGCAGCAGCAAACUUACCAGAGCCAGCAGCCGAGGAGUCAGCUGCACCCGGGGAUGCUGCGUUUGGACAACCUCAUCAUCAAUGGACCCAGCGUGUCUAUGCCUUCACAAAAUAGCGUCAACGACGCGCCUCCACCACCGGAACGAGGCUCCAGUUACGCCGUUAUGUCUCAGCAAAGUGCUCUCAGGUCGAACGGAUCCACCACAUCUAAUCUGCUUCCCGUAUCUUCUCAGCAGCCAGCAUCAAUGAAAAGAGUCUCUUUUCAUGAUUCGAAUGCAAAUAGCGAGUCUAUGCUGCGCAACAUGUCCUCCUCAGGAACAUCGAAUCCGCCAUCGAUGUCCAUGGACAUUAUUAGAGAGGAUCCCAACAAUUUUAUCAACGACGCGGAGAAUCUAUUGGCAUCUCCGAAGACGCCGGAUGGAUCCGGAGCUUCAUUUACUGGCGCUACUCCUGGGGUAAUCGGGGCUCAAGAGGUGUAUAAGGAUCCGAGACAAAAACGACUAGCGGAGAAGCAGAAACAACAGCAGCAGAAUUCGCAGAUCGGCGCGGUGCCGGAGAAGCUUAGCUUCAAGGAGAAGAUGAAGAUGUUCGCGAUGGAAACCGGCGAGGACGGCACACCGCGGGAUAAAGUGAAGAUAUCGCGGGCCCAGCGCGAAAUCGACAACAUCAGUAGCCCGCUUAAUUCCAGUAGUAAUAAUAACAACAACAAUAAUAACAACAAUACCACCAGCGGUAAUAAUAACACCAACAACAAUAGGACCUGAUAAAAUUAAACGAAAUCGUAUUCUCUUCAGUGCUUUAGCAAGAAGAUAUAGGAAGAUAUCCCAGAUAGCAAACGUACGUCAUUUUGAUGGCGAAUGACGUCAUUUUGACGUUUAAUGAUGUCGGUUUGCUAUUUGGGAUACGAUUCAAAUAUUCAAAGUAUCUAGGACACUUGGAGGGAAGAGUUUGGAAUAUUGUAGAGAUAUAUAAGACAGAAAGUAACGUUUUUAUAUGAUCCGAUAUAUCCGGUUGGGCUCUGUUGGAUUUGUGACGUCAGAGAGAAGAAAGCGCAAAGUUCUUGCGUAUCAUUUUUAGAUAAAAAGAUAUUUUGAUGAGACAUAACUUUCAUAUCAACUUAUUAAUUAAUAACCGAAUAUUUGCCUUAUAUUCUUCUUCUUCUCCGAAAAUCCUAGAUACUUUGUCGAGCAUUUUCUGCCGGAGAGAAAGAGAGAGAGACAAAUAAACGAAGAAGUAUAGGUACUGAGCAUAGUUGUAUUUCCACACAUGGUAAGAUAAUUAGUUUUAUUGACUAACGAGACGUUGAUAGGGAAUAAGAAUAUUCAGAAUGAAUCCGAUUAGCCGACGUAGCGUCAAAGUACAAACAAAUUUUGUAUAGCUCUUUGACCAAAAAAAAUGUCGCGUGUGUUCUGUUAAGAAGGACCAUUAAUAACAUAUUUUAACGAUAAAACGUUGCGGACGUAUUUUUGUUACAGUCGCGACGAGAAGGAGAUUUUUGCGCGCGACGCGUCCGAUAUUCCUGAUUACUUCCGGACCAACAUAAUCUUAUUAUAAAAUAAUUAUUGUAUAAUCUCUUUGUCGAGACUCUGAUACGGCAUAGGAUAAAACUCACGAGUACUGAACAAGCUUUUGUCGAGAAAUGCAGAUUUUGCGAAAAAAGCUCCCCAAGUAGCAAACUGAAGUCAUUAAACGUCAAAAUGACAUCAUUAUAUGUCAAAGUGACGUCAUUCGACGUCAAAAUGACGCACGUUUGCUACCUGGGUCGUGGGUGUACAAAAGGAGACAAAUAAUAGCCUGGGCAACAUUAUAUGUAUAUAUGUGUGUAUAUAUACAGUAUAUAUACACAUAUAUAAUUGUAUUCGUUAAUUUUAUAUUUAUCUCUCAGCAGCAGAAAAGAUGGGGAGGUUUAAGAUAUAUAUUUAAAUUAUACGAUUAUAUAUACGAUUUACUCACUCUUACGCCAUUAUGCACUUAAAAAGAAAUACGACAAAGUAGUGAAGGUAGUUAGGAAAUAGAAAAAGAGAAGAAAAAGAGCAUAUAUGCGUGUAUGUGUACGUGUGCG